AUGGCGUCUAAACUCCUCCAGGCCAACCUAGGCCAUACGAGGAUUGCCCAGGACCUGUUCCUCCACUCGCUCGCUGAGCGGGGGGCAGGCCUGGGCGUGGCGUCCGAGCCCUACCGGAUCCCGGCCGACGAUACUCGGUGGUUCGGGGUCCCGGGGGGCUCGGUCGCAGCCUAUUGGAGGAGCUGCCAGGAAUCUCCCCGGCCGACGCUCAUAGAGGCCGAGGAGUUCCUGGUGGCGGUAAAAUGGGGGGCCCUAGUAGUGGUCGCCCUUUACGCUCCCCCAAGGUGGACGGGGACCGACUACGAGGAGCAUCUUGACAGGGUGGCGGGGGUCAUUAGACGGUGUGCCCCCCACCCUGUGGUGGUGGCCGGGGACUUCAACGCCAAAUCUGGCGCGUGGGGUUCCCCGGUCACCAAUCAUCGUGGUCGGCUCACCGAGGCCUGGGCGGCGUCGACCGGCCUUCAUCUUCUCAAUGAAGGCUCGGUGAGCACCUGCGUGCGCCCGCAGGGCGAUCUAUCAUUGACCUCACAUGGGUCAAUGGCCCUGCGGUGCGCGCAAUGGGGGGUUGGAGGGUGGCGGAGGGGAUCGACACUGGUUCCGAUCAUCUGUACAUAG